AUGUCCUCCCCAUUGAAGAGCGUUGCAGUUAUCGGAGCCGGCGGCAGCAUCGGAACGAUUGUUGUGAACGGAUUGAUUGAGUCCUCCCAGUUCACAAUUACAGCCAUUACCCGCUCGGAGAGUAAAGCGACAUUCCCUGCGGGCGUGAUCGUGCGCAAAACCAACUUCUCAGAGACCGACCUUGAAGCCGCCUUUAAGGGCAAGGACGCGGUAAUUUCCACCGUCGGUUCGGCUGCCUUUAGCGAUCAGAAAAAAUAUGUCGAUGCCGCUGUGCGCGCUGGAGUCAAGCGGUUCAUCCCGUCCGAGUUCUCCGCCAGUAGUCUGAACGCGGCUGUUCGGGGCCUCUUACCCCUUUUUGAGGUGAAGAAGGAACUUCUGGAGUAUCUGAAGGCCAAGGAGGGAGAAGGUCUUACCUGGACUGGAAUUUUUCCGUCCCUUUUAUUUGACUGGGGCCUUGGGAAUGGAUUCUUACAAUUCGACAUCCCUAAUCGGAAAGCAACUAUCUGGGACGGAGGAAGUAAGAGUUUUACUCUGACGAAUGAGAAACAGCUUGCGCAGGCUGUGGUGUCAGUUUUGCAGUAUCCGCAGGAGACACAAAACCAGAACAUCAAUAUUGCGUCGGUGGAAACCACUCAGAAUGAGAUUCUCGCUGCUCUGGAGGAGGAAACCGGUGCUAAGUGGAGUGUGACAAGCACGACUACUGAUGAGCAGGUUAGCGAGGCUCGGAAGAAACUUGGUGCAGGGGACUUUUCAGGGGCGUUUAUGCUGGUUCGGGCUACAACUUAUGCGAGUAUCCCCGGGCUGCAGUCGAACUAUGUCAAGGAUCUAAACCUUAGCAAUGACUUGUUGGGACUUGAAUUGGAGAGCGUGAAGAAGACGGUCAAGCGUGUUGUGGGAAAUUAG